AUAGCACAGCCUAGGUCCCCCUAUAUAAGGCCACGGCUGCAGGCCCUUCCUUUGGGUUAGUGUCACCUCCAGGAUACAGAGAGCCCCCUUCAGCCCAGCCCAGCCAGGCCUCCUAAACCACCACCAUGCCGUUCGGAAACACCCACAACAAGUACAAGCUGAAUUACAAGCCUGAGGAGGAGUAUCCCGACCUCACCAAGCACAACAACCACAUGGCCAAGGUGCUGACCCCCGAGCUCUACAAGAAGCUACGGGACAAGGAGACCCCAUCUGGCUUCACCCUGGACGAUGUCAUCCAGACAGGCGUGGACAACCCAGGUCACCCCUUCAUCAUGACCGUGGGCUGCGUGGCUGGUGAUGAGGAGUCCUAUGAAGUGUUCAAGGAUCUCUUUGACCCAAUCAUCUCAGAUCGCCACGGGGGCUACAAACCCACGGACAAGCACAAGACCGACCUCAACCAUGAGAACCUCAAGGUUGGUGUCUGCAUGGGAGGGGAGGGCCCGGGGUGGGGAGGAAAGGAUCACAGGAGAGAUGGGAGGAAGAGAGAAAUGCAGAGAUGGAGAGAGAUGCAGAGGUGGACCCUGAUGUGGAGAAGCAGACAGAUGGAAAGAGAGAGGGACGCUGGGAGGUCGAGCUGAGCGGAUCACCUCGGU